AUGUCGUCCCUGAACCACCCGGACACCCCGAACAUCCCAUCUUCCUCCGCGAUCCUCGGCCUUAAAACCUCCACCCUCAUCGAUGCCCCAAUCCAAGACGUGUGGAACGCUCUCACGGAUACGUCGACCUACCCGAGAUGGAACCGAUUCGUGCCGCGCGUGACGGUCCGCGAGCAGCCUGACAAACACGAGGAUGCAACUCUAAAGAGCGGAACGAGAUUCACCUUCCAUGUCAACAUGUACCCCGAGACAGACGACGAACCGCAACCGCAGAAAUCAAAUCUCCGCGACACGUUCCUUCGGAUUAUUGAGUUCGAGCCGCCAGCGUCAACGGGCAAUGCUAGCGAUUGGAGAAAGGGCAGAGUUGUAUGGGCAUCUGACCCUGCUGCUGACGGGUACGUGAUGUCGUCGCUGCUGACAGCCGAGCGCGUGCAUGAAGUCGAAGAGGUAAUCGACGGCAAUGGGAAGCGGAUGACGAAAGUGACGAAUUGGGAGUCGCAGAUUGGUAACCUCGCUUAUGUGGUGAGAUGGAUGUUCGGGGCAAGGCUGAGGGCGAACUUCGCGGUUUGGGAGAGGGGUCUGAAGAAGUACGCUGAGCAUAACUCGGAGGAUGAGUCGGGAUGA